CAUUCAUUCAUUUCAUUUCUCCCGUGUACAACUCUGCUUCGUAUUCACUAAACUAAUUUUCUUGCAUUGCAUUUGCGAGUGGUUAGUGCGAUGGUUGUAUUUAUGUUGACGUAAAUAAAUUCAUAAUUAUAAACAUGCUAGUGUGUCGGUGCUAAUACUAAGUGAUAUACGGAUUUUGAUUUCUUUCGUGAUUUAUUAGAAUUAAAGUGUUAUUCAAAAUGAGUGCCAAGAAAGUUUUCGAUACAAAGAUUCACGAGGAUGAAAACACAGAUUCGGGUUUUCUGUCCGGGCCUCUGAGUGAACAGCUGGUGUCUGAAGAAUUUGACCCAGUAGAGGAGCCCAAAAAUGAAGCACCAAAGGAGAGUAGUGACAAAAAUGUGAUCAGUGAUACAGUGGACUUAGAUAGUGGUUUAGAUUUAUGUUUAUCGGAGCGUCUUUCAAGUGUGAAUUUAAGCGAUUCUACGCCAGUAGCCCAGCCGCCUCUAAUUAUAAUUGGAAACGAGAAGCCACAAGACAUCCCACCCCUCGCCAUAUUAUUUCAACAGGAUGAUGACGGAGACACACAACUCCACAUUGCUGCAGUCCAUGGCUGUGAGAAAUCAGUGGGCACACUCAUCAGGGUGUGUCCAGACAAAGCGUGGCUCGACAUCCCCAACGACUAUGGUCACACGGCCCUGCAUCUAGCAGUGCUAGCUGGUCAUGCGGUUGUUACGAGGAUGCUCGUACGAGCUGGCGCCGCACUGGGCAUUAGAGACCACACGGGCAGCACGCCGUUCCACUUAGCAGUAGAGAGAAAUAACCCGGACUGCCUCCAAGCAUUACUCGGCCGCAGUUCAGAAAUCCCACCUAGAAAAUUAUCCACAAUAUUGGACCAGAAGAAUUACAGAGGCCAGACUUGCGUGCACUUGGCAGCUUCCGCUGGUCACGUGAAGUUAAUACAAAUGCUAGUCUACUACGGCGCUGAUAUUAACGCUAUGGAAGGGCUAGCGGGCUGGACGCCGCUGCACAUCGCGGCGCAGCGCGGCGACGCGCCGCUAGUGAAGCACCUGCUGGAGCGGUGUCCCGGCGUGUCGCGGGACGCGCGCGACUACGCGGGCCGCACCGCGCGCCGCGUCGCGCGCCGCGCCGCCGCCGACCUGCUGCGCCGCGACGCAGACGACGACAGUGACAGCGAGGAUGACAUGUACGACAGCGACGGUGAUGUCGAGAGCUUUUUCAUAUCAAACUUCUGUCAGAGCCAGAUGAGCCCGAUCAACGUGGCCUGAACAAACAGACAAGCACGCGAACAACAGUACUACGUGGCAUUCAUAAACGUUUAGCGAUACAAUUAUAAAAACAAGCUAACAACCAACCAAAUGGCGUUAUAAUGACGUGAAACAUAUCGACAAAUAGCAGCGAGGUAUUCGUUUCGCGCGCUCUGAUAAAAUAUUGCUGUUUUUUUUUUUUUAAUAUGGCGCGCUAACACCAAGUAUAGACGAUGUUAAAAUACAUUUGUGAAGUUAUUUAGUGUGGUUUUAAUAGAUUAAUUUCUCAGAAUUGUUACACUCAUGCCUAACUUCACACUGUACAAAUAAUGUAAUAGCUUUAAUUAUAUGUACGCUUGAGAAGUUCACUCCAAACGUAUUUAAGGAAAAUGUGAAUGGUGUUUAAGAGAUACAGGGGUCAAUUUAAACAGAUAACUAUGAAAGCUAUACAAAUACGCUCCUAAUUAUCGUAAUAUUUGAUUGGACAAUGUAUUUUAUAUUUUAUACUCAAAUAUAAAUAAUAAUAUAACGGUCACAUUAAUUCUGAUUCCUAAUUCAAAUUGCGCGCCCAAAUAAUAAAUGAAAAUCGUUUAUGAAUCGGCCAUGUAUAUGUUGUUGUAUUUCAUAGCAGUUUACAAAGUAUAAUGAAAAAUAUCACUUGACCAAAAAUAUUCCUUAUUUUGUAGUGUUUUAAAUUUUUAAGUGCAUAUUUUGUAAAUUACUAUGAGAGCAAAUAAGGAAUUGUAAAAUUUACACUUGAACAUUUGUUUUAAAAACAUUUCAGACUAAAUAAAUGAAAUAAUGUUACCAUGAUAUUAUUUAUUGGAUGUUCUUAAAAUUAUACAAACAUGGUAAUAUUAUUUUAUUUAUGUCAAAGUGUAUCGGCAUGCCGACACUCGUCAAACGAAUUGUGUAAUUUAACGGUGUGGUAGCCGUAAAGGGCUUAAAGACUAAACCGAUUCUGAUGUAAUUGAAGAGAAGUUAGGUUAGAGUAUUGUCAGCGAUAAUAUUGAUGCCUAACUAACAAAUCUGUCUACAAAAUGUCUAGACUUGACCGAUGCCAUUAUGAGGUCAUACUAUAGCAGUAGUCUUCCUAUAUUUAUAGUUAUGUAUGUUAUGACUGUUAUUAAACUAUGUUAUUUAUGUAUUUGUUUUUAUUUUAUAUGUAUGUACUGUCUAUACCGUGAUGAUACUUAUCUUUUCUUUAUUCGGCAAAUUUUAUCGUCAUUUGUUAUUAUUUUAAAAUGUUUGACAAAGCAUUGCGUUUUGAGUCGUUGAGAAUGUUUGAUGGAUCUAUUUAGAUACUGGGUUCUAUUAUGAUUUUUGGAAAAAUAAUUAUUUUGACACUAAAAGUAAUUUAGUAAUAUUUUGAAGAGAUUAAAGUAUAAUAGAGACAGUUUUGAACAGCAGAAACUGCCUUCAUAAAGUUUGCAUUUAAACAAGAGAUAUUUCACUUCGCCCCAACUUUCAAGGGAAAGCAGUGGCUGAGGUUUUAUAAUCUCUACGAAAAAAA